UACGGAUAUUCGUACAAGGCGAUCAGAAACGAAAGAAUGAAAAAAGUGACAUUUGCAGUUUGGUUGCGCGCAGGAAGCAAGAGAAAAACGAACAACGAGUUAUUGAGUAUUAUCGAAAUGUUCGUGGAAGAUAUUUCUGGGAAAGAUAAGUAAAUUAAAAUUGUAAUGGAACUGGCUGCGAGCUGACCUAGAACGCCACCGGAAGUGGAAGAAAAUAUAACUGUGCAGGAAAUAGCGCACUAAAAUGUCGAUUUUAUAGAGUGCAUCGUAAAUUACGUUACCAUCAAAAUAACCGUCUCUUAUCUACUAUGUGUUUACUAAAUCUUUGAUCCAAGAACUAAAAAUUAUUAUUUACUGCCGAUCAAGAUGACUUAAGAUUCUAGUGUCGCAUAAUUCUUGUCCUAUAUUUUCCUUUUCUACUCUUUGUAAAUCGUGUAUAGAAUAAAAUUAAGUUGAAUUCAGAGAUUUCAUCAAACUUUUAAGAUACGGUAGAAGAUAAAAUGAUAAAAAUGGAACUGUGUAGAAGUAAAGAUACAAGGAAAAUCAGGACAAGAAAAUCACUGUCAGGAUGAAAACCUGCGAGAAUAACAAUUCCCGGCAACGAACAUCGGGAUGACGCUAAAUCUCCAAGCAACACGAUCGAGGGAAAGGGCUUUCAACAGGCUUGUAGCGAUUAUAUUAUUCAGAGAUAAUAUUGGUCGAUCGAAAAAGUGGAAAGUGAAGCGGUUCAGGGAAGUUUCUUAAUCGGGCAAUUGCGUUAGCUAAAUUAAAGCUUUAUGCCGUACACGCUUCUGAUCGGUCACGCGAAGUUAGGCUCGCGUGUUGCGUGUGACCGCGGAAUAAUUUAGACGGGUACACGGCAAACAAAUAAGGCUACCAUAAUUUCGACCUAUUAUGGAAUCUCUGCGAAAAUGAAUUAUAACGUUAUUAAAUUAUCUUGAUGCUUAAUGUUCUUAAACAAAAACAUAUCUUAUACUAUAUUUACUAUAUAUACUAAUGCUAUAUUUUAUCACAGGAGGAUGAUUCUUUGAUACUCGUUUUGUUAAAAGCUCUUUUAAUAUUAUAAUAAUUGUAUGAUCUAAAUUUAGUUAAAUCGUAAAUAUUAAGCUACGUGGAGAGUUUGUUUACGUUUUCUUAAAAGGACAACUGUUACCACUAGACUGCAGAUUUUCAUGCGUUCAUAGACAAUUUGGAGAUACACAAAUGCACAAAAUGCACAUAACAUAAUGCAGACACGUAGGAAAGUGGUCAGUGAAAUUUCAAAGCGUUUUAUACAGUAUGUACAUCAAGAUUUUCCUUGGCUAAAUGUUGCUAUACUUUGGCGAGUCACCGCAGAUGAGACAUAACGACAUUUGAUGAUCUUGUGAAAAAAAGCUAGUAAAACUUUAGUAAAGGAGGUAAGAUAAAGCGAAGGAGAAAUAUAAACGAGAGAGAGAGAGAGAGAGAGAGGAAAAGGGAAAGAGAGGAGAGGAGGAAAAGCAGUAGCGUGGAGCAUUAAAAACGUCGUCCCGGUGGAGAGCCAUAAAAAUGAAAUCGCACCGUACAAUGACGAACGCUUCCAAGAAUACAGGAACGAGGCAUCAGAAGCGCGGGAUAGCAUCUUCUAAAGGCAAAAGACAGCCGAUAUUUUAUAGAUCGCGGUUUAGGAUCAAGGAAACGGCGAGGAAUCGAGGAAACGAGGAGUCGAAUCAACCGAACUCGGCAUUCACCGAGUGCGAAUUCUUGCAAAAACUAAGGGAUAUUCUACGAGACCUAACGAGCAACAACAUAACAGACAUUCCAGCCCGUGCCUUCCAUCGAAUUUUCAAUCUUGAAGUGUUAUUACUUCGACGAAAUCAUUUGCACACGAUCGCCGACGAUGCAUUUACGAACUUAACGAGCCUUCGAGUAUUGGAGCUCGAUGACAAUUAUUUAACAAAAAUUCCGACCGCGAUCGUUAAGCUCUCUGGCCUUGAAGACCUGUCCCUGUCGAACAACCGGAUCGAAAAACUGGAGGAACACGUUUUUCAGCGUGUCACUAAUCUAUUGUCGCUCGAUCUACGCGGAAAUCCGAUCAAGGAAAUACACGGCAACACUUUCCGCAAUCUACGCAAGCUCCGUAAAUUGAUCCUUUCGAAUCUGAAAGAAUUACGGAUAUUUCCGAAUCUAAAUGGGACAAAAUCGCUGGAGGUAUUGAGGUUAGAUCGCGCACAAGUGACGAGCGUUCCAACAAGUUUGUGCGAGCAGUGUCCAAAAUUGAAAAGUCUCGACAUGAAAUCGAAUUUUCUAACGGAGAUGCCAGAUUUACGAAAUUGCAGCGAACUGAGGGUUCUGGAUUUGGCCAGUAACGUGAUUCCUUCAUUGCCAGAUGAGCCGUUUAAAGGUCUGAACAUGUUACACGACCUGCUUCUGUCGAACAACAAGCUGCAAGUGAUCCCAAGCGACGCGUUCGUCGGGUUGUCAAGGUUGCAGGUGUUGGAUCUAGAGAGCAAUUACAUCGAAUAUAUUCAUCCCGAUGCGUUUAAAGAGACGAAACAUUUAGAGGAUUUAAAUCUCGGGAAUAACGUAUUUCCAGCACUGCCAACAUUGGGACUGUCAGGCCUGUUACACCUCAAGACGUUCAACAACCCAGCAUUAAGAGAAUUCCCGGCUCCCGAAAGGUUUCCACGUGUGCAAACGAUGGUACUAUCGUACGCUUAUCACUGUUGCUCGUUCCUAUCGGUCGAAGUGGAGGAUCCGGUGACCAAGUCCUCCGUUCAAGAGUCUAUCCUGUUUCCCACUGACAACGAUUUCGAUAUGAUCCUCUGGAACUCAAGCUUUACCGAUAUCUGGCCACAGCUUAAUAACAUGACCGACAAAUUUGGCUCGCAAAUAAAUGAACUUUGGGCUAACUUUGGUUCAGAUUUUACGUACCCUGGUAACCUGCCCUCAUACGUUGAGGAUUAUUUUGAAGAGCAGAACAGCCGAGCUACCCAACCAGCUCGAACACUGCCUUCUCACGUACAGUGCCUACCUCAACCUGGUCCUUUUCUACCCUGCCAGGAUCUCUUCGACUGGUGGACUCUACGUUGUGGUGUAUGGGUAGUAUUUCUGCUCGCCAUGCUUGGGAAUGGAACUGUAGUGUUCGUGUUAAUAUUCUCCAGGAGCAAGAUGGAUGUCCCACGAUUUCUCGUUUGCAACCUUGCAGCAGCAGACUUUUUUAUGGGCAUUUAUCUAGGUCUUUUGGCGGUGGUGGACGCUUCUACCCUAGGAGAAUUCCGGAUGUAUGCCAUACCAUGGCAAACUUCCGCUGGAUGCCAGUUAGCCGGCUUUCUAGGUGUUCUCAGUUCUGAGUUAAGCGUGUAUACGUUAGCAGUUAUUACUCUAGAAAGGAACUACGCUAUAACACAUGCCAUGCACCUGAACAAGAGACUUUCUCUCAAACACGCUGGUUAUAUAAUGACUGUUGGCUGGGGUUUUGCUCUGUCGAUGGCAAGUUUACCCCUAGUCGGUGUAUCAGAUUACAGAAAGUUCGCUAUAUGCUUACCAUUCGAGACCAACGGAAACGCGGCGUUGGCGUACGUGAUCUUUCUCAUGCUGAUCAAUGGCGUUGCGUUUCUCAUAUUAAUGGGAUGCUAUCUGAAGAUGUAUUGCGCGAUCAGAGGCUCCCAAGCGUGGAACUCAAAUGAUUCUCGAAUUGCUAAGCGGAUGGCUCUGCUGGUGUUCACCGACUUCCUCUGCUGGUCCCCCAUAGCGUUCUUCUCGCUGACUGCCACGUUUGGGUUGCAGCUAGUGUCGCUCGAACAGGCGAAAGUAUUCGCCGUGUUCGUACUGCCAUUAAACUCCUGUUGUAACCCAUUUUUAUACGCCAUCUUGACCAAACAGUUCAAGAAAGAUUGCGUACUUAUUUGCAAGGCGAUCGAGGAGUCCAGGGUGACCAGGGGGAUCGGCAGAUGCCGGCAUAGCUCCAACUUCAGCAACAGGCAGACUCCUGUAAAUACGAAUAGCUUGGUGGAUAGGUCGUCGCGAGAGAAUCAGGCACCGUGCGCCUGUAAUUCAAGAUUACUUGAAACUAGCCAGUGUUCUGGCUAUCGACGAUGGGGCACCAGGAUACUGUGGCCAUGUGCCAGGGACACCAGGCCUAGACACGCACGUAGCGACCAGUACGCUUAUCAAAUCGCGGAGAUCCAACAGAAGCAGCAUAAACGAGCCUCGUCGGUGUCCUCCAGUGAAAAUUUCUCUUCGUCUAGAUCGGAUUCCUGGAGACAAACUCAUCACUGCGGUAUUCCAUUGAGGUUAUUGGAUCCUAAACGAAGAGCUUCUUCGUGGUUGAUCACCAGGAAACCGUCGCAAGAAUCGAACCUCAGUUCCUCCAGGAACGAUUCCUCCGGUUCCGCUACUACUGCCAGCACCAGCACCUGGAGAAUUUCAAGGUCUAGUGCAUCUUUAGAGAUUAAUGCGAGGAACACGCCCAGACCAACUAGGUCAAAGCCACGACUUACUCGUCAGCUGGCCAUCCAGGAGCCUGAACCACCCGGAUCACCAAGCAGAUUAGCUGUCAGGCUCCUCGCAACCAUACCCUCCGCUGCAGAGACCAGUGACCAGCAAGAUGACGACAAUACGCUGCAAAAUUGAACGAUCUUGCACACACUUCAGUUUAUUAGAGAUUAUAGUCGGUUGUAAUAGAGUAAAGACAUGGGUCACGUUGCUCCCGAACGGUUUCAGUAUUAACUGUCCUCUAAGAGGUAUGUGAGGAAGGAGAGAAUCACUCCGUACAUUGACGAUUCUCGUUGUUGCAUGUUUGAGGUGAUUUGAGCGAAGAAAAAAUUGACAAUUUAGUAGAGAUUCUUCUUUCAACGUUUGUGAUUAAAUACGUUGUUUGUAAUGUACGUAUAUAUAUAAUGUUGUUUAAAAAUAUUACGUCUUUAUUUUUUGUUUUCUUCUGGAUUAUUUCUUUGGUAAGGAGUCUUUUGUAUUGAAAAAUCUGUAAGACGUUGAAAGAGGAAGGAUAUAACUAUACUUUUAUUCUCUUUAUACAAUUAUUUAUGCUAAUUUCAGUAGAAGAGCGAACGAUGUCGUAGAUCGUUUGGGCUAGUGGAAGAAACAGGAUCGAUCUACCUUUAUUGACCGUCCUUUACACGUGCACAUAGGCAAUUGCACCAAGUGCAACUGGUGAAUACAAUAGUCAUAUUUGUUAAAUAUUGCCAAGGAUUUUUAACAUGUUGACUGUCAAAGGAAUUUUAUACUUUUUACGAACAUUUCAUAAAAUGAUAUUUCGUUUAUAUCAAUAUAAAAAAAAGUAAAGAUACAACAGCAAUGAAUUUGCUAUAAUAUUUUUCAUAUGUAAUAUUUAUUUCUAUGUAUAAGUGUAACCUGAAAAUUUAUCACGUAUUACCAAAAAAAAUUUCCAAGACAGGCAACGUGUUUAUUUAAUAAUAUAACAUACUAAUUUAAUUUGACAGAAGAAUUCAAACAUAUGGAGAAACGUGUCAAUUUCAUUGGGUCGUCUACCAUAAGAAGAGUUGUAACUUCAAAUCCAUGACUCUGAACUCAACGUUCUACUAUAGUUUUCAAUUAAAAUUAUAGCGUUGAACUAUUUAUUGAUAACUUAAAAAUAGGGCACGCAGUAUUCUUUCUUCUUCUCUUUUUUUCUUUUUUUUUGUGGAAAAUUAUUCGACUCAAUAGGAACUCGAAUGCUUCUUUAUACGUUGUUCAAAAGAAAAUCUGUUUAUCGCGGAAUCAGUAUUUCAAAUCCAUUGUUCAAUUGUUAAUAAGUAUGCUUGUGUUUUCAUAAGACUGAUCGUUUAUACAAUUUGUCCUAUAAUUCUGGAUUUCUAGUUGAAAAUCUGAACACGUAAUACGAUUUCUAAUCAAGUAUCAUGAUACCAGUGACGAAAUAUCUAACGAUUAAUUUAUUUGUUAAUAUCCAAGUUGGUCGAUAAAUUCUCAAAUAAGUUGGAUUACAUUGAAAUUUUAAUGUACUCAAUGAAUAAAUCCUUUUUAUGUAAAAACAUCUUUGUAGGGCAGGAAAAUUGAUCUUAGCCUGAGUCAUAUAGCAGUAUAUAAUUAUUUGAGAAUUUAUAGACUAACUUGAAACCAAUGUAUCCCUUGCUGUGAUCGUUAAUCACAAAGAUGAACGACCAUAGAUUUGUGCAGUUAUAGUUAGUUGAUCGUUAGGUCACAGUUAGACCAUUCUAGCCUAAAGACUAUUAUAAGAUCGUUACGGCGUGUGCAGAUGUUUAUACAUGGUUUUAAAUUAAUGACAAAGAUAUUCGCUAGUAUUAGUUACCGGACUUAAUUGUUGAUGAGUGCGUUAUUUCGUUCUUCGCGCGAUUGUUUCCAUGUUUAAUGCCGUUUGAGACCUUCAGACUGUAAUUCUUGCCUUUUUGGAAGGAUAUUCUAUAGUUACAUCCAGUUUUAUCAAAUAGGCAGUACCUUUUAGACUUUUAAUAAAACUUAGGAAAGAGGCAGUAGAAAUUAAUAAAAAAAUUAUAAAAUAAUCUUAUAUAUAUUGUAUUAUAGAUUAUAUAUAAAAUAAUUAUUCGUAAGAAAAAAAACAACACACUUGAUCACUGCAACCUGAUAAAACUAUUUGGACUAUAAACUUUAAAAUAUUGUUUCAGAAAAAAACCAGAAUUUACAUCUGAAAAUCUUGAACUGUAUAAACUGUAUGAACCUAAGCCACAGAAGGCUACAAAUUCUAAUUUGCUGCAACCAUGUCUAAUUUUGUCGGCAGUCAACAUUGGUGUAACACCGAUGGAAAACAUGUUUUGCGUGUGUGUCCGGUCCAAACUAUUUAAUAACGUUUUUCUAAUAAAAUAGCGCAUUACGACGAA